AUGGAGACGCUCCAGGGGUUGCUGCUGUGGCUGCUGCUGAGUGUGGGUGGGGUGUGGGCAUCCAGGGGGCCAUUGCGGCCGCUGUGCCGGCCCAUCAACGCCACCCUGGCUGCUGAGAACGAAGCCUGCCCGGUCUGUAUCACCUUCACCACCACCAUCUGUGCCGGCUACUGCCCCAGCAUGGUACGAGUGCUGCCAGCCGCCCUGCCACCUGUGCCCCAGCCAGUGUGCACCUACCAUGAGCUGCACUUUGCUUCCAUCCGGCUCCCCGGAUGCCCGCCUGGCGUGGACCCCAUGGUCUCCUUCCCCGUGGCCCUCAGCUGUCGCUGUGGGCCCUGCCGUCUCAGCAACUCCGACUGUGGGGGUCCCAGAGCUCAAUCCUUGGCCUGUGACCGCCCCCUGCUCCCGGGCCUCCUGUUCCUCUAAGGAUCCCCUCCUGCCCCAACUCCUGGAGCCAGCAGAUGCUCCUUCCCUCCCCUCCCAAUAAAGGCUUCUCAAACUGCA